AUGAAGAUUCCAUUUCCCCGUGUGAUGUUGUGCAUGAUGAUGCUCAGUGGUUUUGUGAUUGAAGCAGUGGUGGCAGUGGGAGUUCCGGUGGGAGCUCCGGCAGCAGCAGCAGCAGCUCCUGCAUCAGAGUGUUGCAAUGUGAUGGAGUUGGUUCCAUGUGCGAAUGCCUUCACGAGCUCAACGCCACCGUCAGCAGAAUGCUGUGAAAGACUGAAAGAGCAACGGCCACCGUGCAUAUGCGAGUACAUCACUGAUCCUGCUCUUGGAGGUUUGAUCAACACUCCCAAUGCAAAGAUGGUUAGUGACAGUUGUGGCUCUCCUAUGCCAAACAAUUGCUAA